GCCGCCACGGGGAUGGACAUGUGGAGCACCCAGGACCUGUACGACAACCCCGUCACCUCCGUGUUCCAGUACGAAGGGCUCUGGAGGAGCUGCGUGCGGCAGAGCUCGGGGUUCACGGAGUGCCGGCCCUACUUCACCAUCCUGGGCCUUCCAGCCAUGCUGCAGGCCGUGCGAGCCCUAAUGAUUGUGGGCAUCGUUCUGGGAGCUAUCGGCCUCCUGGUGUCCAUCUUCGCCCUGAAAUGCAUCCGUAUUGGCAACAUGGAGGACUCCGCCAAGGCCAACAUGACACUGACCUCUGGGAUCAUGUUCAUCAUUUCGGGUCUUUGUGCAAUUGCUGGAGUGUCGGUGUUUGCCAACAUGCUGGUUACCAACUUCUGGAUGUCCACAGCUAACAUGUACACUGGCAUGGGUGGGAUGGUGCAGACUGUUCAGACCAGGUACACCUUCGGCGCUGCCUUGUUCGUGGGCUGGGUCGCUGGAGGACUCACGCUCAUCGGAGGCGUGAUGAUGUGCAUCGCCUGCCGGGGGCUGGCCCCAGAUGAAACCAACUACAAAGCCGUGUCUUAUCAUGCCUCCGGCCACAACGUUGCCUACAAGCCUGGGGGCUUCAAGGCCAGCACUGGCUUUGGGUCCAACAUGAAAAACAAGAAGAUAUAUGAAGGGGGUGCCCACACAGAGGACGAGGCACAGUCUCACCCCUCCAAGUAUGACUAUGUGUAAUGCCCCCAGAAACCCUUGGCAUGGACAGAAGAAACCCCCAAAGAGAGCUCACCCAGAAAACAAGGAGAUUAUUCCUUGAUUCCUUACUGCUUUUGACUCACAGUUGGAAGUUAGGAAAGCCUUGAUUCUAUCUGUGGGGAGGCCAGAUGGUCUUACCCACAUGUAUCUGUCUCUAAAUAUUCCAUCACCAAACAGCUGAGUUAUCAUUUAUGAAUUUAGAGGCUAUAUCUCUCAUUUCCUAAUCCUCUAUUUCUUUUUUUUUAAUGUAACCUUGCUAAUCUGAUGAUAGAAUAGGGCUUGAAUUCUUAUCUGACACUUUGAUGAUUUAGACAGAAUACCCCUCCUCCUUCCAGUCAAUAAACUCAUUGAUGAUCUAGUUGCCAGUUUAUCCCCCCUAAAAAAAAAAUUAGGGGAAAAAAAAGUAGAGUAGAUCAAAAGACAAUAUUUUAUUCUAUUUGAUUUUUGCCUCCCAACCCCCAACUUGGCUACUAAUAGAAACUAACUGCAGAAGUGAUUGAAGGAAGAUAUUUGUGAUCUCUCCAGCCCAUUAUCUGAGUUUUCUUACACCGUGAUCUGAAAAGUUACCAUACCAAAGUGAUUUUCAGUUUGAGGCAGUCAAGCCUUUCUGCAGCUGUUGGCAUCUGCUAAUUCCAGCAAGACCAUCCCAGGGGGUUCAGAGCUCUCCACUGGAGGCCCUCUCUCUGAGGCAGGUCAGAAAUUGUCCCUAGGAAAAUGAGAAAAAGAAUAUUUUUUUUGUAAUCAAAAUACUAAAUAUAGUUGGAAUAAAGCAUGUAUUAGGAAAAUGACACAUUUUUCUCUGUGAACUAGCCCACCUCUGUACAUAGAUAAAAGAAAAUGGAAAAAAAAAUUGCUUUGACAUUGUCUAUGGUAUACUUUGUAAAGUCACACUGAAGUCCAAAUUCCAUGAAAAUCUCACUGAUCUUAAUUCUUUCCCUUUGAAGUUUCCUUGACUCUGAUUAUGUGUGAUAAUAAGUGUAACCUAUGUGAAAAACAAAUAAGGGAGCACCACAAGUCCUAGAAAGUAGGUUAAAGUAGGUUAAAACCAGUUCUCUAAAAAACAACACGAAACAAAAACCAGUGAGCCUGAAUGUAAUGCUACGUUUCCACGUGAUGCAGGUCCAUACUUGCCUGCCUACAGGCACCUGUCGGUUGACAGUGGCACUUACUUGGUGCUGUGGCCAGUUUUGUCACUCUGAGAGCUGUCCCCUUCAAUGAGUUCACCUAAAGUGGGUGGAACUGGAUGUCGAGGCAGAACUGAAAGCUCUUUGCAGCCACACACCUGUCCUGUGCUUAACAUCGACACCCUUUUGGGCAGAAGGUCUAAACUCCCUCUGGAUACCAGAAUUCCAGUGAGCAGAGCCAGAAUAAGGCCCCAGGAAAUGAGAGUAAGGGCAGCUUAUAAAACCUCCCCAAUCUGGGAGAAGCAAGGGUCCUAGGGAAAUCCGAUUAUGGGUUAUUGUUUGGAGGAGGAGGGAGCCCUUACAUCAAUUGUGUGUAAGAAGGUGGUCUCCAAGGGGAUUGGCGAACACCCACAGAGUCUUCAAGCUGAACCGACAGUGUCUGGGGAAAGGCUGAACAUGUCCCAUUGAGCAGGGAGGAGCUGUGUUCACCAAGAUCCAAAGCAAUAAACUCGGAACUCUUCCCACUAAGACAGCAAUGGUUUUAGGCCAAAUCAGGGAGGAUACUCUUAGAACUUGUUGCCUGAGGUGGGGUAGAGAUGAGCAGAUAAAUCAAGGAAAGGCAAGCUGGGGAUGGAGACUGUUAAGGCUUCUCAUCAUUUGAGUUGAAGGUCGUGCCUUUGAGUUGAAGACCAUGAGGCUCCAUGAGGAGGCUCUCCCACCUCCCUCCAGAAAGUCCCUCGUCAGCUCUGAGGCCGUGAGAUGGGGCUCAGCUGGUUUUCAGUGAGCACAUUCUCUAGACAACAUUUCAUUAUUUGAA